GGCUACCCCCCGCGAUCGCGAUUGAUCCACCGCUCCGGUGUGGCCUCGGGUUCUGAUCGGAGUUAUCGGUCGUGCACGUCCCGACCGAUCGAUCGCUCGAUCAUGAAGACAGUUGGCCCGCCGACGGAUUUUCAACGACGUCACUCGUCAUUCUCGUGAUGUUAACGUGAAUUCGUGAAGGACAAGUCUUGUGAUACCGAUGUGUCGGGAGUGAUCCGAAUCCUCGUCUCGUCCAGAAUCGUUUGGAAGAUCUAGGAUUCCGGAUUCGAGAUCAAUGAACGGCCUUGAUCUGUCCCGGUCCAUCGUGGAUUGCAAGAUGAAUGGAAGCAGCGACGAAGGCGAGUCAACGUCGGGCGCGACUGGCGGGGGUGGCGGCAGCGAGAACGCAGAAAUGGAGGAGAACGGAUCGACUCGCACGAGCAGCAACAGCAGCAGCAACAAUCCCAAUUACAGAGAUCUAAAGCUUCAGGGCGGUGGCGAAGGAGUUCCGCAGGAGUAUAAUCCGCAGUCGCGGACCGCCUAUCAGCAGCGUGGGUACUCGCCGGGGAUGGACCGACAACGGAAUUACGAGAAGGAGCAGCUUCAACCGUCGCCGUCUUCUAGGGAGGAAGAGAGAAAAUCGUCCUGGGACUACGAGAAGAGCACGCGGAAGGAAUACUCAAGGUCGCGGGAUUACGGCAAUGAAUACCAGGAUGCGAUAAAACAGGAGCCCAAGGAUCACUCGAGUCGCGAGUGGGUGUCGCCCGUCCCGGAGGUCGAGGUCGGCGGCUCGGCACCCGGGGGCUCGUACGUUCGUGCACGCAAAGACAUCCCUCGUGGCGCGAGAUUCGGCCCGUUCCUUGGCAAAUGGGCGAGCGAGCCUUUCAACCCCCGUUACGCGUGGGAGGUUCGCAUAGCCGGCAGUGGAGUAAGAGGCUGGUUGGACGCAUCUCACGAGACGAACAAUUGGCUGAAAUAUAUACGAAGUACUGCUAGCUCACACGCAGUGAACAUGCGCCACGUACUCAUCGGCGGUCAGAUGGUGUACGAGGCUGUUCGCGAUAUUGCAACGGGCGAAGAGCUUCUGCUGGGUCUUCGGGAGCCGCUUCAGCUGCAGGACAUGCUGGGCGAGAAUACAACCGAGGAUAGAAGCGAUCGAGAAACUGCCUCUCAGCACAGUGGAACUGUCGAUGAGGACAAAGAGGACGAGGAAGAAGGAGAAACGAGGUGCACUGUCUGCGACAAGCCGUUCCAAGAUAUCGAACUAUUGGAUAGCCAUCUGGUGACUUGUCACAGAUAUCCAGCGGAACAGCACCGUUGCGACAGCUGUCCCCGUGCUUACGCCUGGCGGCCGCUUCUGGUGCGGCACCGUGCUAUCGUUCACGGCGAUCUCAGGAACUAUCCCUGCGAGAAUUGUCCGAAGUCGAACAUCCGGCAGGUCUUCACGGACCCAUCAAACCUACAACGUCAUAUCCGAACUCAUCACGUGGGCGCGAGAAGCCACGCUUGCACGGAGUGCGGUAAGACCUUCGCAACCAGUUCCGGCCUGAAGCAGCACACCCACAUCCACAGCAGCGUGAAGCCCUUCCAGUGCGAGGUCUGUUUCAAGGCGUACACGCAGUUCUCCAAUUUAUGCCGGCACAAGCGCAUGCACGCCGACUGUCGUAUGCAGAUCAAGUGCGUUAAAUGCGGACAAUCCUUCAGCACGGUAACGUCGUUAUCAAAGCAUAAGCGAUUUUGCGACUCCACGACCCCGACCGGUCCGCCUGGAGCCAUGCCUCAAUUACCGACGCCAGCGACGAGUCCCUUUCUGGUGUAUCCCCGACCUCCCGUGAGCCUACCAGGCGGUUUGCCUUUCUAUCCACACGGUCUGAUGGGUCCUUAUCCGGGACUCUUCCCGAACGCUCCGAAUUUUCUGAACACACCUCUGCUUUUUCCGCCGAAAAUGGAGGAGGCCGAGAAGAGGUGCGACAGCCCGAAGAAGGAACGUUUCACUCCUCCGAGAGUAUUGUCGCAACACAACAAAAUCUCUCCUUCCACGGCGGAGGAAGCAACUUCUACGUUCAGGCCGUCUCCGGCUAGACCUCCGAUUCAACCGACGCCGGAAAGUGACGACGAUCUUUCGAAGAGAAGAGAAGCGGCUAGAAGCAACGAACGAAAAAUGGAAACCGAAAGCACUUCGAAGGAGGAGACGACCGAGCAGCCGUUGGAUCUGAGGGUGCAGACGAAGAAGCAGAACGUGAUGUCAAAAACCGCGAAUAGAAAAAGCCGCACUCCGUCGCCAGCGCCAGUGCCGAUGGAGGAAACGCCGGCACCUCCCGAUCCCCCGAAACCAGAGGAGGAUGUUCCACCGCCGAUGGAGCUCGAGUCUAAGGACAUUCGAGGAAGUAGCCCGCACUUGAGGACCAGUCUGCCAAUCGAACAACCACCGACCAACACGCCGCCCCACAUGGCUUAUCCCAGACCGAUACAUCCGAUGUUCCUCGAAACGAUGUAUCGCGGUCCAGGAUUCCCGGGAUUUCCCAGCGCGCCGCCACCUCCAGGCGGAGCUACCCCGGAGUCUAGGCUGAUACCUCCGCUUCCACCCUUCGCUCCACCGCGCGGGCUUCCUUUUUUAGGCUCGCUUAUGAACGGGCUCAGCGGCGCUAGGCCAGGAGCAGGAUUCGAUCUGCUUGCCCGGCCGCCGCUGAGCGCGUUCCCUGGUGUGAAGCCGUUCCAAGAAGCCGUAAUGCCGCCGCAUCAUCAUCACCAUCAUCACCAUCAUCACCACGUUCACGGCAAGAUGAAGGAUCGGUACUCCUGUAAAUUCUGCGGCAAAGUGUUUCCCCGCUCGGCCAAUUUGACGAGGCAUCUGAGGACUCACACUGGCGAGCAGCCGUACAAGUGUAAGUACUGCGAGAGGUCCUUCAGCAUCUCGAGCAACCUGCAGAGACACGUCAGAAAUAUCCACGACAAGCAGCGGCCGUUUAAGUGCCCGCUCUGCGAGAGGUGCUUCGGACAGCAGACCAAUCUUGACAGACAUCUGAAGAAGCACGAGGCUGACGACGGUAGCGGGGUGGUGUCGGUCGCCGACUCGCCUGGGAGCAGCAACGAGAACGAGCGGGAGGACACCUACUUCGACGAGAUCAGGUCCUUCAUGGGCAAGGUCACCUACAGCGGUGAGAGCGGCUACGGGUUGCCGCAUCAUCCGGCCUAUAUUCCCAGUCGUCUGCACGAGAUAAACGAGUCUAAGAUGGAGGUCGAGUAUGACGAGGACGAGGACAGCGAGGAGGGUGUGUCCCCUUUGGAGGAGAUAGACGGACUGUCGCCGAUCGAGGCCAAGGAGUCCCCGUCGCCCUCGUACGACCUGAAGCUGAGAGAGAAGCAGGAGCUGCUCAAUAAUAAUACCGCGGAGCCGGUGAUCGAGAUUUCGACAUAGCCCAGAGGUCACUCUGGGUAAUCUACGUGGUCGCUUCGAAAGACGAGGAGAGCACGGUUUUAUUAAUGUACAGAACUAUUGUGGAAUAUAUAGGUUCGUCUUAGAACUCUCGAUCGUGACUCGGCGGUUAUUUACUUCGGGAAUUAACGUCGAUGCAGGAUUAUUUAGCUUAGAACGAUCCGCGUAUACUUCGACUUUGCAGAAUAUCGACCAUUUGCUUAUACAAAAGCGAACGAUUCGCGAGUAUAAUCGGGUUAUUAUCCGUGAUCGUAUCCGCGACGAUACGAUCCGUGGGAGACAGUAAAAUCCAUAGGAGACAGUCUAUAAUAAUAAUUAUAAUUACACACUGAUAUACACACUGAUGAUUCCGUACCGGAAUUUUUUAGAAGAAAUUUAGUAAAUCCCAUUAUACUUAAGUAAAACAGGUGCUCUGUAAAAAGAAAAAAAAACGUAAAGAACUCGACGAACAUAACGAAGUCCCCAAAGAUCCUUGUUACGCAAUCCUUUUUUACACUCCACGUUUGUUUGCACUGGAAAAGCGUAUUGUAAAGAUCAACAUGAGUGGACCAUUUAGUCCCUUUCUUACACACGCAUACCACAAGCUCUUCUAUAGUCUAGUUCUAUAGUUUAUACAGACUCGUUAUGAAUGUAAACGCGCACGAAAUUCAAUAUUAUCCCCGUUCCCGCCGCCUCUUCGUCUUCAGCAUUUGAUUAAACGAGGCGCAUAUCCCUGUAAUAUUAUUUAUUGCUAUUAUUAAUAAAAUUAAUUUAUCGUUAUUAUUACACCGUCGCUCGGCAAAGGGGAUCGUACGUCAUAAGCGAGAACGAUCAAACCGCGUCCCUGCGAGAGCUCUGCGAACUGUUAAACGACUUGCGAUGUAUCCACGUUGAUCAACGAUCCAAUCAUCCGUUGUAUCUAGAUCCUAAAUAUGUCUACAUGCGCGCACUAUUCUGGAUUGAUUUGUUUGUGGAAUAACCGUGUUAGUUGCAUCGCGUUCAGAACGCGAGCACCCUUCGAGAGUUCGAAAUUAGAUUGUUGUAAAAUCCCUAUUAUAAGAUGACUGUAAUCACGCUUCAAUCAGUUCAAUUCGAAUCUUGAAGACUUUCCCCGGAGAUUGUUGGAUUUUGUUAGAAUAUAGUUGAACGAAAUGACAUGCUCUACAGGAAAGAAAAAUUCCAUCAUCUGCUGGAUGCAGAAUCUAGCUACAGUCAGACUUAGGAUCUGCGAAAUAUAAAAGAAAAGUGUUUCGCAUCGUGUUCGUGUAUCAAAAUUGAUGUAUGUUAGUCCGCGAAGCCAAAGCGACGAGAAGGAAGAAAUUAACUUAAUUAACGCGUGCCGCGUGUAAUCACACUUACUAUGCGCGCACGAGAAUGUGUAUAAUUAAAUAAUUAGAAGGCAACAAAAAUCCUUUACGGAAAAACUGUACAAAUUUCCACAUUAGGUGAUAUAACAUUUGUAAAGAUAUAAAAGAUAUAAAAGCAAGAGGUUUCAGCGCGAUUUUUAUUAAUAUAUAAAUACAAUUCUAGAGCGGUUUCCUCUUGCGGUAGGCAAGACGGAAGAGAGCCAUGCAUGUAAGCUAACGAACGUUCCUCGCGUUUCACUCAUCUAGUAGAAAUAUUAAAAUGCGUGUCCCUAACGUUGUCAUCGAUGAAGCGAGGAAAUUAAUAAUGACGAGAGAUAAGCAUAGUAUACGCGUAUACAUGUGUAUCAAGUACGCUCUCGCGAUUAAUAAAAAAUGAAACAAAGAAUAUAUCGUUCGUUUAUAAUCACCGAAUUGAGGCUUGUUUUUUCACAUAAAGGUUUUACGAAUACACGUUCUACAUAUCUCUGUUUCUCUCUCUCUUUCUCUCUCUCUCUCUCUGUCUCUCUCUCAUUAUAAACGACAUAAUAAACUUAUAAGAUGAUUAAGCAUAAACACAUUGAACGAAUUACUUAAGGAAAAUAUUAUUAUGACGCUGUCUAUCUAUACAUAUUGUAUAAAGGCAUCCUGUAUAACUUCAUUAUAUGAUUACUAUUAAAAUAUUA